AUAUACCUAUCUGGGGAUGGAAAAAUAUUGGCAAUGGUAUCCCUGUGGUCGUUUGGUAUCCCUGUGGCCGCGAAUCUGGGGAUGAAAAGUACUGCCUAGGCCAACAAGCAACAUUGGAAACAAAGUGGUAGAAAAGUGACAUUUAUCUAGUAGAAAUUGACGGAGAACCGCAUAUUGCUACAUAUUCUCUCGAAUUAUUGUCAUUUUGACACCUCUCAUGCUGUUAUUAGACCCAUAUUAUACAAAACGCGAAUCUGGGGAUGAAUCUGGGGAUGGAAAAUACGCAUGCCUAGGCCCGCUAAAAACAUCAAGAAUAAAUUGGCAAGAAAAAAUUUUUAUCGAGUGGAAAUAGAAAGGAAACUCUGGAAAUAACAUAUUUUCUUGCUAAUCAUUGUCAUUUCGAUACAUUUCGAGCAGUACAAGCAAGUUUUCGAAUCUGGGGAUGAAUCUGGGGAUGAAUCUGGGGAUGAAUCUGGUGCUGAAUGGUACGCGGUAACUUUCUUCUGUUUGAAAAGCAUCUUGUGGUUCAUCCUUACUGCGCAUGCCUUGUAAAGUACUGGGCAUGCGCACUUUUGAAAAGUGCAAGGAUUUCUAGGUCACGAAUUUGAAUUGACCGAGGGAGAAACAUGGCGACAUUGUUGUGAUUAGGUCUUGUCAUUGUGCAACGAGUGUUUCUCUACUCAAAACAUGCAUUUUAAGGUGGAAUUUCGUAGUACCGAUAUAAAUGAAUUGAUUGCUCUCCUAGGAUUGCAUUUCCUUUUGAUAUAAACUUUAUGAAGCACUCGAUUGCAUGUCAUGACACGCUUCUUGUUAUUUUGAAGCGCUCAAUUGCAAAUAGUUAGUGACAAAAUUUUCAAGUACUACCCGUGUUUCUUCGGUAACGAAUCUUCUGUGUACUUAGGCAUGAACAAAAUUUUUUGGUUGUUUCUCUUCCACGUCAACUAAUCGUGCCCAAGGCCCUUUCUUACUUUUUCUCCUACAUUGCGCCGCAGUGUGCGGUCGUUGGUUCACUGGUGUCCAAGGCCUAGGAAGACUACUUUAAAUCAUGGCUUGUCCUUGCUAAAAAACGAGAAAAAAUGCUUUUGCCAUUUAAGCCAAGGUGAUGUUUGCCUCAAAAGAAAUGAUUUUUUGCCAGAUCACCUUUUUCUGACCUUUCAUCCUUUCUUCUUUUAUUUUUCGCGUUUCAUCAAAAUUUUGCUAAAUGAUAAAUUUGAAAAAGUAAUGAUCAGUUGCUCAAAUCUAUUUAUCAUUGUUUUUUCUAAACCAUAAUCAUACUUUUGUAAAAUUAGUGAUUAAUUCCCCCCCCCCUCCCUUAUCUUUCAAUGUGCUCCUCCCAUUAUCUCUCAAGGUGCAAUUUUUACAUGAUUUUUUGGUAACGACAACAUUGAUAGAUAAAGGUAAUGGGAAUGUUUUUGAGGCUCAUUUUAAAAAAUCAUAAAUUUCUUUUUGAAAGAAUCAACAUGAUGGUCAUGAUCAUCAGUGAUGAUCAUAAUCAUGACUCCAACAAGACUCAAUAAGCCCCAUACAAACCUUUUCAAGCUUGUAAGUAUUUCUGUUCAUGUGAAAACUUUUUGGCUAUCUGAUGACAUGCUAGGAGAUGAAAACAACAAAAUAAAUGAUGUAAAGGAAAAAAUCUGAGAAGUUUGAAGCUUCAAUCAAAGUAAAGAACUAUGCCUUUGUGGCUGAAUGAUGCAACUAAAAGAUGGCAGAGCCUAGGCGUGUGCCAUUGCUACCCGCUAAAUCAACAUUUUCGAAUGAAAAGCCUUCAGCAUCAAAAUCCAAAGAAAAUGACUGUGGUCAAGGAAAGAAAGAGGAGAAACCUAAUAACCAUAAAUCAGUUAGGCUUGAGAUAAAUCUUGCACCUUCUAAUGAGAAACAUUGUCCAGAAUAUUCUUAUGUUCAGUUGGUUAAAGAUGUUUUGAAGUCAGAGCCUGGGUCAAAGCCUGAACAAAAUUCUCUAACAGACCCCUUUGGCGAUGAGGAUAACACAGACCAACUCAAAGCACUAGCAAAGAAAUUUGAGGAAAAAUAUGGUCCAAAGCCAAGCAAGACAGGAAAAAAACGCAAGCUUGAUGCAAAUCCAUAUUACUGUGAUAUUGGAUAUGGAUAUGAUGAAAGUGAUCCCUUUGUUGAUAACACAGAAGCUUAUGAUGAGCUUGUACCAGCAGACUGGACCACUCAGCAUGGUGGAUUUUACAUCAACCAAGGUGAAUUGCAUUACAGGCCAGUAGCAGAUAGUGACAUGAAAGACUUCAAAAGUCCAAAGAAGAAGCGACUUGUCGAUGGAAAGAAAGCAAAAUCCAAAGAUGGCGACAAAAAUUCAAGCAAAACUCCAAAGGAACUAAGUACGCAAAAACGAAAAAAGCAGCUUCUAAAUAAAGAGAAGAAGCAGAAAAAACUAGAGAAAUCACUUUUCUUGCAGAAAGAAAAGAAACGAAAAAAGAAUGUUCUUUUGGAUGACUCAGAAGAUUCGCCGGUUGUGCUACAACGCCAAAAUAUUGCCAAACUUGGUCAAUCCUCACCAUCAGCGACACCAAAGGCCUUACCAAAUGGGAUUAGUGUGAAUACUAAUGCCACUGCUCUUGUUGAUGUCCAUAGCAAAUCGCCGAAGGCAGCUUUGAAAAACAGCGCUCAAUUUCUUGACAGUUCUAGUUUGUUUCUCAAUAAACAUUUAAAUGAAAUGAACAGCUCUAGCAAUAUGACUGAAAAAAGCUUUAAAAAUUCAGCAUCUUUAAAGACUUCAUACUUGAAUACUAGCGCCAGCAAAUCAAUGGAUAGCUUUAUAGAAACGCCAAAAACUGUACCCAAAGACACAGAUACCCCUUCAAGCCCCCCAAAUCUCCCCGAUAACCUCCCGCUUAUUCUUGAAGCUGGGGUUCAAAACCUUAAAGAUGCUGCUGCCAAUUGUCCAAAUGGAAAAUGCCGGUUUUUUGACGUUGGUGUCAACAAAACCUUGCUUGGGGUUGCACGAACCUUAUCAAAGUUGCCAUGCAAAGUUCGAACCAAUGUCUACGACUAUUUGGCGUAUUAUUUGCCUUGCACGAAAGAGACCCUCGUGAAAAGAGCCAAGACGCUGAUGAUAGAAGACCAAGUGAACCAGCUUGAUGAGCCAUUGAGGCUUUUGAAAGAAGCAAUUGAAAAGGAGAUGCCACUCCAGAAAAAACUUUAUGAUGCGGAGGUUGCAAACGCACUUACAGAAAAAGUGCGAGAACAAAUGAAGCAAAGUGGAUUCCCUUCUACUAAUGAAGAUCAAUUGACCGAAAAGCCUGCGUCACCAACAGACAAGACUGGCAGUGAAGCGCCAAUGGCCACAUCAGAGGAAAAGACAAAGAAAAAUAUGCCAAAACGUAAAUUUUCGUGGACUGAAGAGAUAAGGAGACUUCUCUGUGAUGUCAUUGCUGUUAAAGUCCAGUUGUACAAGAUGUCAAAGUCGAGAAGUAUGACUGCUGAAGAGUACGUUAAGGAUUUUCUAGAGAGUGAUGUUCGCAAAUUGUGGCCAAAAGGAUGGAUGACAAGCAGGAUUCUGUUCAAGGAAAGCAAAUCUGCACAUCAAGACAUUACCCAACAAGCAUCUAAAGCUAAAAAAGAAAAGCCAGUAAAGAAGACAGAAACAAGCCAAAUCGCAUCGGCAUCAUUUUUAAAUUCGCAAUCAAAUUUAGAUCAAUCCACGUUCAAGUUGGAUUAUUCAUUUGCAAACGUUCUCGACAUGUCAAAUAGUUCAUUGAAUUCAACUGCAUCGUCGAAAUCCAAAUUCUCUGGAAAUGCACAUUUGAAAACAUCAGCAGCAGCCCUUAUCGAUAACAUAUCUUGCUCUGCCUCUAGUAAAGGAGAAACGAAAGUGGAGCAAAGUAAAAAGCAUUCUUUAAGUGAGCCAACAAAAAAAGCUGAUUUGAAAGUGAAAGCUGAGGAUAAAAAAACGGCUGGGAAGCCUGCUUUGACAGUAAAGGCAAGCGCCUCUAAGAAAGAAACGAUGUUGACUAAGGAGACCCUAAAACAAGAGCCAUCGUUGAAUAGUUUGGUCGCCGCAAAUCCGUUUGACAAAGUCAAUUUCCCAUCGCUAAACGACACUAUGAAUUUCUCGAAAGUUAAUCGCCAUCCUAUUCUUAAUUUUGAAAGCCCUGCAGAGGCUUUGAAGAUUUCUCCAACAAGCAGUCAUGAAAAACCAGUGCAUAGUAUUUUGGACUACGCCAGUGUCUCGAACGAUAAUGCUCGACGAAAACCACCGAAUUUGACACCGACUUCCCUCAGUGCCAGCAGAUCAUCGAUGUCAGAGGUUGUGCCAGAGGUUAGCUUAAAGAAGAGUUCUCCAAGCCCCAAAAUAUCGACACCUGUCCUUCAGACCCAGCUAUCAACGGACAAAUGGCCUGCACAGUUGAUGGCUCCCGGACAAGCCUCCACGUACUUGGGACAAGCUGUAAAAAAUGUGUCAUCAGUCAAGCAGCCAUUUCAUGUCCCAACGACCCAGCAGCAGAAACACGUGUCACAACCAUCUGUUGCCACCAAACCGCUUUACAAAACGCCCCCGAAGGAUAGGCACAGCGCCCUUUCAGUCACACCACCAAAAAGCUCCCCUCAGAAUGCGAGCCCGCAUUCGAUGUCAUCGUUGAGCAUUGGGUCUUCAGGAUCAACUAAAUCGUCUCCUCUACUGCAUUUUCCACCAAACAUCGAGCAAGCAAGACGGCUGUCUGGUCAUUCCCCGGAGGACUUGCGAAAUCCUCUCUCAAUAUCUCAUUCUAUAAGUAGGUUGACACGGGACCCUUCGCCUAAGCAGAGCACUUUCACGUCUUUACCUUUUACCAAUGCAAUUAGCUCUUACUCGAAUUCACUAUCGAUAUCGAAUUUGCAAGCUGCAUCGCAAGGUCACGAAAAGAUGCAUCAUAGCUUCUCAAACUCAAAAAUAACACAACAGCAACAUCUAGCAGACCCAACUUCCAUAGAGUUGUUGCUACAACAGCAACAGCAACAGGUGCAACUUCAACGUCACUUGAAGCAGCAGCAAGCAUUACAGCAACAGCGACAACAACAACAACAACAACAACAAGCUUUGCAACAGAAGCAUUCAUUGCAGCAGCAGCAGCAGCAGCAGCAGCAGCAAGCUAUGCAACAACAACAGCAGCAGAAGCAACAACAACAACAACAACAACAUCUCUUGAAACAACAACAGCAGCAACAACAGCAACAACAGCAACAACAGUUAAUGAGCUCCCAAGGUCCGGUUUUCCUUGGAGAUCCUUUGAACAUCACUGGACCGGCACAGUUUCCAAACCAGAACGCCAUUCGCUAUUCGGCCAACGCUUUGGGCUCGAAUGCGUCAGAACGCUAUCCAGCUCCUUUCACGAACUAUAGACCACAGUUUAUUUGAUACGAAAAAAAUUUAAGAGUAUACAUGUUAUUGUAAAUAUUCCUGUUUUUUGCUUCGAAAAAAAGCAUCAUUUAUUUUAUGCAUGUUUUGUCUUUUUGAUGGAAUUCUUUGUCAUUUUGUACUUUAAGCUGUAUAAAGAUUUCAUGUAAGUA